UGCGCAUAAACCAAUCAUAGCAACAACAAAAACAAACAACUCAUUUAAUUUAAAAUUAAAACAAACUCAAACCAUGAUGCAAGAAGAGCUCAAACUCCCUUCUCCUCCCACCUCUACGGUAGUGGAUGACUCUAUCCGGCUUCAAGAAGCUACUCGAGCCAACCAACAAGAUCAGGUCCCGCACGCAACAUCCACGGAGGUGCCUUACGGCAACGAUCUUUCUUGUUCGAAAGAAAAACGGGGUCAUUUAUUCUUUGGGUGCAUGUGUGAUAUGCGACGAGCUGUCAUUGCGGUCGAUGUGAUCAGCAUUGUCUUAGCAGUCAUCGAGGUUUGUGUCGCCAUCACGGCUCUGGCCCUGUUCGACGAGAUUUCACAAACCACGAACGAUGAUGUCUUUUCAGGAUGGGUCAAGACGAACAAGCAUGCCUCGGAAGCACUGCUUGGUUUUGUCAUUGGCUUUGGAUUCGUGGCUAUCCUAUUCUAUUCGCUCGGUAUUUACGGGGCUGCCAACUUCAAUCAGUGCAUGGUGUGCGCAGCUCUUGUCUACCACUGUAUCGCAGUAUUUGCCAACCUUGUUUCAUUAAACAUCCCGGGAAUUCUACUCUCAGGCCUCUUUGUCUACCCGCAUGUAAUGCUUUUCCGGGAGAUACGACUUGGCGUGAUGACUGAAGAAACAUAUGUGCGUGAAAGGAAGACAUGUUGCGGUCCCUACUAGAAAGAGCUUUCCAAUCAAUCAAUCAAUCAAUCAAUCAAUCAAGUAACCCCCUGAUCAGUAUCAUAGACCUUAGAAUACACUCCAACUCA